GAAACAAUAAUAAAAGCAAACUUCAAAGAAUAAAAACCCCUUCAGUAUGACAGCGCGAUUUGGAAUAACUGUGUUUUUUAUAUUGGCUACCAUUACCACCAUUAGCCAUGCCAAGGCUAUUGUGGAGGAGAAUGGCAAACAAACAUUCCUGCAACAGAUAACGGGACGUAGCUCUUUUGAUCGUUACACUUUGGGUCAGGAAGUUGAUGGUGCCAGAAUCCUCUACUCCUAUCAGUAUGAACAAUCCUUUGAUAGUGUCCAACCUGAAAUUUCACUAGACUAUGAUUAUCCAUCGGCCGAUGUGCCAGUGAAUAAUAAUGUCAUUGUAACACAAAUUGUUUUAUACGUUGAGGCUUCGGAUGAUGCCACCACCCAGGCUUACACCACCAAUGGAGGCAUUGGCCAAAGUUCGAUUUCUUUGCAAAUUGUAGCCAAGAAUUCGACUUAUUUGCGUUACAUGGUUGUCGUUUAUGGUAGAUCUGUGUAACUCUAGGAAAUAAUUAAUAAAUAACAAGUAACAAACAAAAAGGUAUCAGUCGGUUUUGCCGAUAGAUGUAUACCCUCAGCCAGUAUUCGAUUAUUUAAAUAUA